CCUUACUGUUGAACAUUUCCGAAUUUGUCACGAUUACCCAGUUGGGGACUUUAAACUGUAAUUUGUAAUAAAUGACACAAGGAUAGCGGAAGUAAAUGGGUGAGGAAGGAAGAGGCGGUGAGUUUUGAUUUGAUUUGGAGCCAGAAAGCAAUCUUGUCAAACGACAAGCUGGCCCCUUGUAGAGGGUAAAACUGGAGGCUGGAGUGGGAUCACUUGCUCGGCUGGAAAAGCAGACAUACGGUUCGAACUAGCCUUCGCUCACCCUCUCACUGCGCAGAUCAGUUGCUGAACUUCUUCAAUCAAAAGAGGAUCCAAUUCUAGAAAGAGCUGCCUUAAUAACAGAUCUUGAAAACUGCCAAAGAGGCCACAAGUUUCAAGAUGUCAAAGAAGCUGUUGCUCUUAGACGUUGACUGUGGGGUGGAUGAUGCGCAAGCAAUUAUGAUGGCUCUUGCAGCUCCUAACGUGCAGAUCCUGGGUAUAACAUGCACUCAUGGAAAUACAAGCAUUGAAAAUGUGUGUAAGAAUGUACUUCGAGUGCUAAAGGUUUGCCAGAGGACAGAGAUUCCUGUAUAUCGUGGUGCAGAUGCAUCUAUUCUAGAAGAUCAGCUAAAUGGUGGCCAGUACCAUGGAAAGGAUGGUCUAGGUGAUGUUCCAGAUUGUAAUGCUCCAGGUUUGGAACACAUACAAGCUGAACAUGCAGUAAAUGCCAUCAUAAGAACAGUCACUGAACAUCCUGGUCAGGUCUCACUUGUGGCUACUGGCCCCCUGACCAAUGUUGCUCUGGCAUUUAAAAUGGACCGCACAUUUCCAUCGAAGUUAAAGCAUUUAUACAUCAUGGGAGGAAACAUGGAAAGCAGGGGGAAUGUUGCGAUCUGUUCUGAAUUUAACUUCGCAGCAGAUCCAGAAGCAGCUUAUAUUGUCUUGAAUCAUUUUGCGUGCCCCAUGCACAUAGCGACUUGGGAGUACUGUCUUCGUUGGGCACUGCCUUGGGAGUUUUUUGAGGAGUGGGUAAACCAAGACACUGAGAAAGCUUGCUUCAUGAAGAAGAUAACUGCUCACAGUAAAAAAUUUGCCAAAGGCAAGCAAAGCAAAGGAGAGAUGUAUUUUGAACCUGGCUUUGUGUCCUGUGAUUCUUUUGCAAUGGCAGCUGCAAUUGAUGAGAGUGUUGUCACAGAACACAUACGAUAUGGAGUAAGCGUGGAGUUACAAGGUUCAGUGACCAGAGGGAUGAUGAUUGUGGAUACACUUAACCUACUGCAAAAAGAAAAUCAAGCUUUUAUUAUGACAAAAUGUGAUGUUGAGAAGUUAAAGCAGCUCAUGAUGUCUGCUCUGAAGUAGCAGGCUUAAUAACAUCAGCAAAAAGAAAAUUGAUCACAACUAACGAUAGACUUUCUAGAGAGCUCGUUGUGUAUUUGCCUCUGUUGACAAGUUAUUUUUCCUGUUUCCUAUAGAAUUGAGAGAAUGUUUCUUUCACUGCUUCCUAUUUGUGCCACUUCCCUUAAUAUUUUCUUCUAAAAGCAUAGGGUGGGACUCACUGGAUUGUAGGGGCUCUCUUCUAAAUCAUCCAACCUGUUCAUUUUCAUUUUUUACUGCAGGUUUUGAAUAUUGGCAGACCAGUGCUAAUGUUCACAGCUAAAUCAGAUUUACCCGAUGAAAUAACUCCAAGUCACCCUUUAUUUGCACAUGGAAACUCCUUUACUCUGGCACAGACUCAUCAGAGACAGCACACAGAGUGAGUGGAAUUUCUGACACACCUGUUCUUUUCUGUAAACCAGGGAUCCCUAUUUGGACCAGAUUAAUAUCUCCAGUCAAGGAAUGCAAUUUCUAUGAGGUCUAGUUUGGUGAUGUUGAUUCAAUCACUAUACUCAAUUUCUACAUGAGCACUCUAGGCCUGGUCACUGGAUAGUCACAACAGCAGAAAGCUUUGUUGAGGUUAUUUGGUUUCCAAGGGACAGUUAUAAUGCUUCUAAUGCAAGAUAAACUGUUUCAAUUCAGAGUAGAAAUCGGAUGUACUACCUUAACUGACUGACUUAGUGUGUAAAGACAGAUGGUAGCAAAGUAAUAAUGAUACACUUCUUAAUGCAUAUAGUGUCUUUAAUGGAAUAAGAGUUCCCAUAAUAUUCGCAGAAGGUUAAAGGAUUUAAAAAAAACAUGCUGAGAUAUGAAAGUAUACAUAACCAAAAACUUGACAAAAGUGAUCAACUUUGAAGACUGUCUUAAAAGAGAAGGGAGCGAUGGAGAGAUUUAGAGAGUGAAUUCCUUGGACGAGCUAUUAUCAUAGACCAGACCAAACCGCAUAAAAAUAUAUUAAGAAGGUAGCCUAGACCAUAACUUUGUCUUAUUUUAAGGGGUAGUGCCAGGCAUUGCAUUCUGGAUGAAAUUCAAUUUGUCAAACUCCUCAUCUUGAAGAAAAACACACUUUAUUGUUACACUAUAGUUAAAAUACAACAAAUAAAAGAAGAAAUUGUAAUAACUUACCUCCCCUGGCAAACUUAACAGAAUAAUAGGUUAUUUAACAACUAAAUAGUAACACCCCAUAAACACACCCCUGGCAAAGGCAAAAUAACAGUGUGGGGCUGGAUGAACACAGCAGGCCAAGCAGCAUCUUAGAAGCACAAAAGCUGAUGUUUUGGGCCUAGACCCUUAAGCUAAAACUAAAAAUCCUUCUUUUGUGGGAGUUUGAUACCACCCAUUCAGGUUGCUUCUAUUAUUCCAACUUUUAACACAAAACCCACGGCCUCACAAACUGUUAACUUUAUUGACUGUGAGUAGACCAAUUGGUGGCUCUGUCUCAACCUUGCUUCAUUUAAAAAAAGGACAAUAUAUACCUCCCCCAUUAAAAGCAAUGACAUCCACACGCAAAGACGGCUUCAUUUAAAAAAAAACCUUUUAGUAUUAUGCUUGCAGUAGCCUGCAAUUGCUCAAGUAAAAAAAGACAUUAAAAAGGGAGGCCAGAAAUACAGGCACAGCAACUGAAAUGAACAGGUCAUAAAAACAGCAAAAAAAGCAAAGUUUGCUGGGAAUACCUGAGCCAAGACAGACACACAAGAGACAAUUCUGCCCAGGGCCAGUCCCUUGCAAGAUCUGAGCCCAGACAACUGAAAACCAGAGAGGUAUCAGAAUAUAUUAGGAAGAGUGAAAGGGCAAUUCAAGCCUUCCUGACAAACAAACAACACUAGAUGCAUGGGGCAGACAUGUCUCAGUAAAAUAAAAGACCAGGUGUUUAUUUUGGGUUGAAACUGGACUCCCAGGCCCAAGAGCAGGCACAUCAACAGACUCACAGUUAAGCAAGCCAUCAAGAGCCAUUAGCAGCAUUUCAAGGUAAUAAAACCAAUUAAAUUGAUACCUUUGAUUGGUCAAGUCUUCAGAAUGUUCCAGAAGGUAAACAGGAUGGUUGGCAGGACUUAAGGGGACCCCACUCUUCAGCUGACCUAGGUGUAGGUUGGGAUAAGGACAUGACCAGAGCAGCUUGCUUUCCAACCAGAGAGUGAAUCAAUCCAUGAAGAGUUGAUUAGACUGAAGAAUUUGACAGAUCAGCAAAAGUUUCAAGUAUCUGGGAAGUAUUUCAAGUUUUGAACAAAUUGGAUGGUCAAAAAUAGAGUUGUUAAAAUUGCACAGAUUACUCCUUAGCUUUGUAGUCAUCAAAUAAAAUUGCGACCUGGUUC